AUGAAGAUCUACUGCAUUCUCCUCGAUGCACUGCCAUGGUCGAGCGGAGGAGAAGGAGCGCGGCAUGCACGGGACAAUACCGCGGGCGAGAGUUUGGCUGAGAUCGCCAGGGCCAGGAGCCUUCGCCAUGUCCACCAGGUGUCUACCGGGAUGUUCACGACCACCACCUUGCUGUCGAUGCUCACCGGCACGCUGCCAUCCGACGUGGUGCCUGGAGGAGUCGGAUACCUUGCGCACCACGAGGACAGAUACUACGAAUGGAUGAAGGAUCGCAAGAUCCAUCUCUUCCAGCACCUAAUGGCGGCAGGAUUCAAGAUCAAGCUGCACAACCACCUUGACUUCAUCCUCCGCAUGCUCCUGGGGUAUCGCUCCGACGACCCGCUGACCGAGUUCAGGACCGAUAGCUCGGGGGAAUGGUGGAACAUUGAGCUGAGCAGCACGAACGUGAGGGAGGGCAGCUUCGAUGCGAGCAUGCAAACGUUCGAGGAGUUUGAUGACGAGGAGCUGUGCGGGAGGUACUAUGAGCUGGAGGAAGCAUACAUCCGCCAGCUGCAAUCAAAGAGCUCCGAAACCAACACCUUCUUCUUCACGCAGCAGCAAGACUGGCAUGACUCAUGGUACACCAAGAGACUCUCUGCGAUGAGGAGGUCGAGGAGGAGAACCUUGGAAUGGCUGAAACUGUGGAACUUCGACGAACCGGAUGCUGUCUUCUGGAUCUUCAGCGAUCAUGGCUAUCAGGUGGAGACUGUGAUAUCGCCGAAAGACACUCUUACAUGGAUGCUGUUCAGAGACAACCGACCGCAGCCGAUGCAUCCUAUGCGAUCUGUCAUCAGCAGCGUUGACUUCUAUUCCACCAUAAUGUGCCUCUUGGGGAAAACUGAUCACCAGGACACUGAGGCAUUGGUUCCCAUCAACAAGGCUGCAAGCCUGGAACGAGUGUUCUUAGGAGAGGAUUCGCGAGUGAAAGACAAUGAGAAAUUCUGUGAAGCUGCAGUGGUAUCGACCAUCGUUGAGUGGGACGACCAACCCUCGAUCAGUUAUCCGAUCACUAUGUACCUUGCAUGUUAUGUUCGACAUCUCAACACAAUCAAGAUCUUCAGAUACCUCUUCCUGCACGAGAACCCUUACGCUGCUGAGAAGAUUUCCCUGACUGACUUGCCAGAUAAGGUGCUCACAACUUGA